AUGUCCCACCCAGACUCUAAAUCAGAUCUAGGCCCCCAUUCGCCAAUGGCGGCCGCUAUCCAGUCCACGGAGACUCCCCGCACUCUGUCUGACCCGGAGACCACUCCUGUCAAGGUCGUGGGUAAAGGUGUGGAGGUUGUGGAGAAGAGCUCUAUGGAUAAGCGCGAUGACUCCAUCGAUGGCGGCUCUAUCAAACCCACCUAUGACCAUACCCAGCGCAAGUUGAAACCGCGCCAUGUUCAAUUGAUCGGCAUCGGUGGUACGAUUGGAACUGCAUUGUAUGUGCAGAUCGGCUCUGGCCUGCGCACAAGUGGGCCUGGAAGCUUGUUCCUUGGAUUUAGUAUUUGUCCAUCAUACUCACAUCUCUCUCCAGGUCUCGCAGAGAUGGUCACCUACCUCCCCAUCUCCUCCCCAUUCAUCCGCUUCGCCGGCCGCUACGUCGACGAAGCCCUCGGCGUCGCAGCAGGAUACAACUUCUUCAUCUUCGAAGCUGCCCUCGUCCCCUUCGAAAUCGUCGCCGUCAGUCUAAUCGUCAACUACUGGACGAGCGUGAUACCCGUCGCAGCCAUGAACGUAAUCGUCCUGGUCCUAUACAUAGCCCUAAACGUCUUCGCCGUAAAAUGGUACGGCGAAGCCGAAUUCUGGCUCUCUCUCGGCAAAGUCCUCCUAAGCAUCGGCCUAAUCUUCUACACGGUGGUGGUAAUGCUAGGCGGAAACCCACUAGGCGACCGCUUCGGCUUCCGAUACUGGAACGAACCAGGCGCAUUCAACGAGUUCUACAAAACAGGCGACACGGGCCGAUUCCUCGGCUUCCUAGCCGCGGUAAUAACAGCAAGUUUCACCAUCGCCGGUCCAGAUUAUGUCUCCAUGGCCGCGGGCGAAACUAUGAAUCCCCGCGUCGUCCUUCCAAAGGCAUUCAACGGUGUCUUCUAUCGACUCACGGCUUUCUUCGUUCUCGGCGUUUUGUGCGUUGGCAUCCUUGUCCCGUACAAUGAUCCCACUAUGGCUGAUGCGUUUGAUAAUGAUAAACCCGGUGCGGCGGCUUCGCCGUAUGUGAUUUCGAUGGACCGGUUGGGAAUACCUAUUUUGCCGCAUAUUGUUAAUGCGGUUGUUUUGACGGCUUCGUUUAGUGCGGGUAACAGUUAUGUUUAUUGCGCUAGUCGGAGUCUCUAUGGACUGGCGCUGGAGAAGAAGGCGCCGGCUUUUUUGACAAAGUGUACUUUCGAGAGGUGUGCCGAUUUAUUGUGUCGGCGUUGUGCUUUUGAUUGCGCUUUUGAGCUUUCUUCAGGUUUCGAAUGGGGCGUCGGUUGUUUUGAAUUGGUGACCGCAUCCCAACUCAUCAACUUCUCCGUCGUCACAUUCACAUACAUCCGCUUCAAAAAAGCCCUAGAAGCCCAAGGUAUUUCCCGCGAAACACUACCUUACCGCAGUUGGUUCCAGCCAUAUAUUUCCUACAUUGCAUUCACCACUACGACGAUUAUGGCUUUUGUCGGUGGCUAUACUGUCUUCCUGCCGGGAAAUUGGUCCAUUCCAACAUUCCUCUUCUCUUACACCAUGAUUGGCGUUUUCCCGGUGCUGUAUUUUGGAUGGAAAUUCUUUCAUAAGACGAAGUUUCUUAAGCCGGAGGAAGUCGAUCUUGUUACUGGUCUCGCGGAGAUCGAGGAGUAUACCCGCGAUUAUGUCUCUGAACCGCCUAAGUAG